AUGUCUUCUUUAAGUGAACAGUUAGCGAAAGUGGCUAGCAACAAUGCCACUGUUGCCCUUGAUAGAAAGAGAAGACAAAAAUUGCACUCUGCUUCUUUAAUCUAUAAUCCAAAAACAGCCGCAACCCAAGAUUAUGAUUUAAUUUUCGAUAAUGCUGUCAAGGCGUUAGACGAACUGAUCCAAAUUGAUCCAAAGUUUGAAGUCUUCAAAAGGUCUUUAUUUUCUGAAACGUCUGUCUCCAUUGAUAGAAAUGUACAAACUAAGGAUGAAAUCAAAGCCUUGGAUAAUGCUAUUAAUGGUUACUUAUUAUUAGCUUCUUCUAAGUGGCAUUUGACCCCAACAAUUCAAGCUACCGAAUGGUUGGUACGUCGUUUUCAAAUUCAUAUUUGCAACACAGAAAUGUUAUUAUUAUCCACGAUUAACUAUUAUCAAACCCCCGUAUUCAAGAGGAUUUUAAACAUCGUAAAAUUACCACCUUUAUUUAACCCAUUGUCGAACUUUGUUAGAAGUGAGAAAGCGCCAUCUAAUUUAACCAUGAUUAAGUUGUUCAAUGACAUGGACUUUUUAAAACUGUUUGCGAAUUAUUUGAACAAGUGCAUUAAACAAAAAGUCACAUAUACAAACCAGUUAUUAUUUACCACCUGUUGUUUUAUAAAUCUAAUUGCAUUUAACUCCACCAAUGAUGAGAAACUAAAUCAGUUAGUCCCAAUAUUGCUUGAGAUUUCUGCCAAACUAUUGGGCUCCAAUUCAGUUGAUUGUCAGAUUGCAGCUCAUACCAUCUUAGUGGUAUUUGCCACUGCUCUUCCAUUACAAAAACAGAUUAUUUUAGCCGCUACCGAAACAAUGCUAUCUAAUCUACAAGAUGAGAAGGCUAAAAGAUCAGCAUUAGUGACAAUUUGCAAGUUAUUUCAAACCUUAAGGGGACAUGGAAACGUGGAUCAAUUAACAAACAAAUUAUUUCAAAUUUUCGAUUCUAAAUUUGAUUUGGAAUACUUGAUAAAUUUUUUAACGAAGAAAGACGUUCCCCCAUGUGACAAGUUCUUUACAGCUUAUAUGAGAGCUAUCGCUAGAUAUGAUCAUUCAAAAUUAGCUUCUCUUGUAAAGCUAUUAAAAAACAUUAAAUUAGAGAAAUACGAAGUAAGAUUGAUAAUUACCGAUUUGAUCCACUUGUCAGAAAUUUUAGAAGAUAAGACCCAAUUGACUGAAUUAUUUGAAUAUUUUGUUUCUGUUAAUGAAAAAUUGGUGCUCAAUUGUUUGAAAUCGUUAAAUCUUACAGCAGAACUGUUUGAAAUAAGAUUGACCACAUCGCUUUUUUCUAAUAAUGAAGAAACAGAAGAUAUUAUAAAAGACAUUGAAAGUCAAAAAGUUAUUGGCUUAACAACUUCUGUACCAACAUUCAAGGAAUUUCUUGAUAAAAAUGCCGAGUUUAUCAACACUAAGAACACAUCUAUGCUGGCUGAAUCUGAUGAAACCUUUAAUAAGCUGUUAUCCCUAUUCAUUGAAGCUGUUGGAAAAAAUUAUACAAGUAACGCGUUUUUAAACGCAUUUCUAACUACUUUAGAAACACGAAUCACCUUUUUACUUCGUAUUGUCAUUUCUCCUGCUGCCCCAAUUGCGUUGAGGUUGAUUGCUCUAAGCGAUAUUUCUAAAGGUUUAAACAAUAUUGAUAAAGACUCAAAUGUAUUUACGAUGGUUCCAUGCUUACUCUGUGCUUUGAGCGAUGUCUCAAAAAAUGUUAGAACAAAUGUUAGGGCACUUCUUUCACAAAUUGCUAAUAGACCAUUCACGAAACAUUAUUUCUUAAAUAAUAAGAUAUACGGCGAUAACUUGACUAUUCCAAUGCUAAGUCCAAAGGAUGGCGAAUCAUGGUUAACGAGGUUCCUUAAUGAGUACAUGGUAGAAAAUUAUGAUAUUUCACAUUUGGUGAUCCCAAAGAAGGAUCAAGAUAUAUUUUUAUUGUUUUGGGCCAACCAAGCUCUAAAUAUCCCCCUACCGUACCCAAAAACUAUUUUAUUAAGCUAUUUGAAUAAAUAUUCCUCAUCAGCUGCAAUCUAUUCGACUCUCUUUGAAGACUUUAUUUCCAACUAUAUUUCGACUAGAUCUCAAUGGGAAAUGAAAUGUAAGGCAAACAAGACAAGUUUUGUUGAAUUUGAAACAGAAUUGGUCUACUUAAUAUCACCAAAGGAAAAAAAUCAAUUUAUUAUCGACUUUGCUCUCUCAGCAUUAAAUUCUGAAUAUGAAUCUCUUGCCACUCUCGUGUCUGCAAGAAUAAUCAAUAUAUUCAAUACUUUGAAAACAAGUUUACAAUUACAGAUUUUACAGAACAUCAUAGAUGCAAGCGCAGAGUCUGAUGCAAAUUACGAUUCUGUAGCCACCUUGCAAUCUUUACCUUUGUCAGCUGACCUAUUUGUAGCUAUUUUAUCACAAAAUAAAAUUAAUGCUGAUUCAGCUGUCACUGAUAUUUCCAAGAGAAGAAGGAGACGUUCAUCUACUAGUAAGGCUGCCCUACAAAAAGAAGAAAUAUCUCAAAUUGCUGAGAUUCAUUUGAGAAAAUUGACAAUCAUUUUGGAAACUUUGGAUAAAUUAAAGAUGAAGAGCACCGAAUCAUUGCUAUCUACCUUAUUUUCAGUUUUAUCCGAUUUGGAAACUUUAGAUCAAGAUGGUGGGCUUCCAGUACUAUAUGCCCAAGAAACGUUAACAUCAUGUAUGCUGAAUACUAUUGAAUCGUUAAAAGAAACAGGUUGUGUUUCAUUAAGAACUAUUAGAGCUGAUAUCUUGGUAUCAGCAAUUAGGAAUUCCCCAUCACCACAAGUUCAAAAUAAACUAUUAUUGGUUGUUGGCGCAUUGGCAUCUUUGAACUCUGAAACUGUUUUACACUCCGUUAUGCCAAUCUUCACUUUCAUGGGUGCGCACAGUAUUCGCCAAGAUGAUGAGUUCACCACCCAAGUUGUUGAAAGAACUAUUAUGACGGUUGUCCCAGCAUUAUUAGAGAACAAUACUGCGAACAAGCAAGAUGAGAUAGAAUUUUUACUAAUGAGUUUCACCACAGCCUUCCAACAUGUUCCAAAACAUAGAAGAGUGAAAUUAUAUUCCACUUUGGCAAAGGCAUUGGGUUCAUACCAAUCUAUCGGUCCCUUCUUAUUCUUAGUUACUCAACAAUACUCCUCUUUAAUUGAAAGUUUCAAAUUAGGCGAGGCCAGAACAAUUAUCGACUUUGUAAAAUCCUUCUUAAACAAUUUUGACGUUUUAGAACAAUUGACAGGACUCCAAGUUUAUUUGAAUCUUGUGAAAACAUUGCUAUCCGCUAGUAAAAAUGCUGAUGAAAAAGAGGCAUUAACUUCCCACGCCAUAUUUACGAAUGGUGUUUUGAAUUUGACUACAUCUGAACUCUCUAUUUUAGUUCAACAUUCUUUCGACUUCAUUGGUAAAGUUAUAGAAGAAGGUGACAGCGACCAUUACACUUUAAAUGGCAGUUUCAAACUGAGAGUUUAUUCUGCUUUAUUGGAUGAAAGAAAUGAAGAAUCCUUCUCUAAUGCAGUUAAAGAGAAAUUUGGUGUUGUUCUAGAAACAAUUUUGACAUUCAUCAACGAAGCUGGUUCUCUAUUCAAGUCAUCUGGUUCUCAAAGUGACGAAGGGACUUCAACACCAGAAAGAGCAUCUGAAAAUAAGAAAGAAAUAAAAGAUAUUUUAUUCACUCUGUUAGGGAAUGUUUUAAAUAUGUUACCAAUUGAUGAUUUUAUCACAGCUGUUCUACCGUUGCUAACUAAAAGCGGUAACGAAGAUAUUAAAUAUCAUUUGGGCUUAGUCAUUGGUUCUAAAUUUGAAUUAGAAUCUUUAGAAAGCUCCUCAAUUGCUGGUGAGGUCAUUUCUGUAUUACUGGAAAGAAUACCUGCAGAGAAGAAUUCGGUUAAUGUCAUCCAAGUUCUAUUGAACACGCUAGCCGCUCUAAUUACUAAGUUCGGUUCGAGACUAGAAAGCUCUUUGUUGACAUCAGUGCUUUCUUUAGUUACUGGAGAAUUAAAAUCAGAUCAAAUUGAGGUCGCCAUCUCUUCUUUAACAGUUAUUACGAGUUGUAUUCAAAUCCUUGGUGUAAAAUCUAUUGCCUUUUAUCCAAAAAUCGUUGGUCCAGCUGUAAAUAUUUUUAAAAGAUUUGAAGAGGAUAAAGAACAUUUCUUGAGAAAGCAACUGCAAUUAUCGAUCCUUCUAUUAUUUGCUGCAAUGAUUAAAUCCAUUCCAACAUUCCUAUUGUCUAAUAUUUCUGAUGUUUUCCAUGUUAUCUUUUUUGCUGAUGAAAUCGAAGCAGCUACAAGAUUAUCCGUAAUCUCAUUGGUUGUUGAGUAUAUUAACUUAAAGGAAGUCCUAAAGGUCUUAAACAAAUGUUGGGUUUCUAGUAUCUCAUUGACAACGGACUCUAUCGCUGUUUCUUUAUUCUUAAGCGCCCUAGAAUCUACAGUUGAAGAAAUUGAUAAGAAAUCUGCUACUUCUCAAUCUCCAAUUUUCUUCAAACUUCUUUUAUCAUUAUUCGAAUACAGAUCAAUCAGUAAAUUUGAUAACAAUACUGUUAGCCGUAUUGAAGCCUCAGUUCAUCAAAUUGCCAAUAUGUAUGUUCUAAAGAUGAACGAUAAAGUAUUCAGACCACUAUUUGUCAUUCUUAUAAACUGGGCUUUUGAUGGUGAAGAUGUAACCAACAAAGAAAUCUCUGAAAUUGAACGUUUGACAGCAUUUUUUAAGUUCUUUAAUAAGUUACAAGAAAACUUGAAGGGUAUUAUUACAUCGUACUUCACCUAUUUAUUGGAACCAACAAAUGGCUUAUUAAAAAGAUUUAUUUCCAAGGAUAUUGUAGAUAUAAAUCUGCGCCGUUUGGUAUUGAAAUCUCUGACAUCAGCAUUCAAAUAUGAUAGGAAUGAAUACUGGAAAUCUACAUCAAGGUUUGAAUUAAUUUCUAUCACGUUAGUGGACCAAUUAUCUAAUAUUGAAGACGUCAUUGGUAAAUACUUAGUGAAAGCCAUCGGUUCAUUGGCUGCCAAUAACAACGGUGUUGAAGAACAUAAUCAAAUAAUGAACAAGCUACUCAUAAGCCACAUGAAGGCAACAUGCUCAUCCAGCGAAAAACUAUGGGCUGUUAGAUCCAUUAAGUUGGUAUACUCCAAGGUUGGUGAAAGCUGGUUGAUAUUGUUACCUCAAUUGGUUCCAAUUAUUGCUGAAUUAUUGGAAGAUGAUGAUGAAGAAGUAGAACAAGAGGUAAGAACGGGUUUAGUGAAGGUAGUUGAAAACGUAUUGGGUGAACCAUUCGAUAGAUACUUAGAUUAG